UGCAUCCAAGCGCGAGCAUCACUGCGUACAGAAGUCACCGUCUCACCGCGCGCACCGCCACUGCUCCGUCAGCGGACAUAUGAAGGCUUUAUAUUCCGGACCAGCGGCUUGUUUUCGGUGAUUCCGCGCCCCGUCGCUCCUCUAUGGAUGUGAAGUGAAAGCGGGCGGCAGUCAGUCGGUGUCCUCUCCAUCUCUGCGCUCUUCUCGCCCCCCGCUCGGCCAGGACCGCAUCCUGCCCUGAACCACAAAAUGGCGGACAUCAUGGAGCUGGGACCCACCUACGCCAUGUCUCCAGUGCUGGCGGGCUUCCUCGGAGCUGGUGUUCUGGUUUUGGUCGUGGUGGUUCUGGUUCUGCUUUGGUCCUUCUGUCAGCGCCGCUACCUACGUGUCACAGGACGCUACAAGCUCCAUGGCGACCAGUACUGCGACGCAGAGGACCCUCCAUACAAGUUUAUCCACAUGCUGAAGGGGAUCAGCAUUUACCCAGAAUCCCUCAGCAGCAGUAAACGCAUCGUCCGCAGCAUCCGCCGCGCCGACCGCUCUGACCGUGAUGGCGAGCGAGGCUGUGCCGCUGCCGGCACCUCCGGGAGGGGCAUGGUGCUGGUGGACGCUGAAAACAACAUCCUGGACGUCCCAGGCCAGCUGCAGAUGAGCCACCUGGUGCCCCCCGCCGGGACGGGCCCCGCCCACAGCCAAGCUCGCCUGGAGCGGGCGUUACCAGUCCGUGCCGACUACUGCUGCCUGGACAGCAGCUCCGCCAGCAGCAGCCAGACCAGCAGCAAGACCGUGUCCCCCUUCACACCCGCAUCCUCGGAACCCGAGCCCGAACCCAGUCUCGGCUCCAUCAGCCUCACCGUCGACUACAACUUUCCCAAGAAGGCGCUGGUGGUGACCAUCGUCGGGGCCCGGGGCCUCCCCGCUAUGGAUGAGCAGGCUGGGAGCUCGGAUCCCUACGUAAAGAUGACCAUCCUGCCCGAGAAGAAGCACCGUGUCAAGACCCGGGUGCUGAGGAAGACCCUGGACCCGCUGUUCGACGAGACCUUCACCUUCUAUGGCGUGCCCUACAGCUCGCUGCCCGAGCUCACCCUGCACUUCCUGGUCCUCAGCUUCGACCGCUUCGCCCGCGACGACGUCAUCGGUGAGGCCGUGGUGCCGCUGAAAGGUGUGGACCCGAGCACGGGCCGAGUCCACCUGAGCCAGCAGAUCACCAAGAGGAAUAUGCAGUGCGAGAGUCGUGGAGAGCUGCUGGCGUCUCUGUCCUACCAGCCCGUGUCUCAUCGUCUCAGCGUGGUCGUCCUGAAGGCUCGACACCUCCCCAAGAUGGACAUCACCGGCCUGUCAGCCAAUCCCUACGUGAAGGUGAACGUCUUCUACGGCCGGAAGCGCAUCGCCAAGAAGAAGACCCACGUGAAGAAGUGCACGCUGAACCCAGUCUUCAACGAGUCCUUCAUCUACGACAUCCCGCCCGAACUCCUGCCUGAGAUCUCCGUGGAGUUCCUGGUGGUCGACUUCGACCGGACCACCAAGAACGAGGUGCUGGGCCGCCUGCUGCUCGGCCUCCACAGCCCCUCGUCCUCCGGAGCGUCCCACUGGAGGGAGGUGUGCGAAAACCCCCGCCGGCAGAUCUCCAAGUGGCACAACCUGAGCGAGUACUGAGGAAGAAGAAGACGAAGAGGAGCAGCAGAAACCCCUAAAUGGGACAUAAAGACUCGGUGUACAGCACAUUCACACACACACACACACACACACACACACAAACAUCUGCAGCACACACACACACAGUCGUGAUCAUAGUUAAACUGUCUCUAUUAUCUCUCCACCACCACAUUUGCAAGUGUAAGAAAAUCCUGCAGUUCUUUUGCUACAGCUGGAAAACUAAAGUUUCCAGAACCAUGAAGUCCAUUUCUAAGACUGUUCUCGUGUCUCCUCUGGCUGUCCGUGUAGACGGGGAAGGAAUGCUCCAACAGAAUAAAAAAAAGAAGAAGAAAUUAA